AUGUUUUGUGAAAUAUGCGGAAACUACAUAAGAGAAUAUCGGAAUCGGCCCAUACAAGAAGACGAGAAAGCCAUAGAAACCAAAAACCAGCUAAUUCAAAACAAAAACGAAAUUAAAAUCAAAAAUCAAAAUACAAGCGUAGAUUCAGACACAGGCCGGAAACAAAGAGUGCUAUCCAUACAAAUAAAACUAGACGGCAACGAACAAAAUGCAAUAAUAGACACAGGCUCAAAUCUAUCAUGUAUAGAUUAUUCCCUAGUAAAAAAUAAACAAGAAAUUAAACCCGAGAACAAACACCAACAACGAAGACAUAAGAAAGUUACCGAAAACAUUGAUAAAAAUCCAGGAGGGCUUCGAGAAUCUUAUAAAUGUUAUCAAGUCCAUUGA